AGCUGGACAGAUCGGGAACAGGCCCCGGGAGCGAGAAGUCGCCUUCAAAGCUGGCACAAACUGCGUGCAUGUCAAAAGAGCUCGCAGUCUCGCAGUCGCAGAUCUACGUGGUUUGGAAGUGCUCUGGAGUGUGAACGUGACAACGAGGGCUCUGUAGGGUGUGGGGCUGGACGUGAUGCUGCUGGGAAUUCUUCAAUGUCCAAGGCUGGCGUUGGCAUAAAGAUCCCAGGACAGGAUGUCUCGGCUUUCGAGGUGUCUUUUCGGACCUCCACUGAUUGAAGAGGUUGCCGAGGAGCAGUAUUAUCUUUUGUCGAGGUUGGAACAAGGAAUUCCAGAAGGAGACCGGCUGUGGAGGUUUUCUCUACUGUGUUGAGUUUUUCUUAAUCUAGUGAUUGACAGGGGAGGCGAUUCCUCUCGAAUACAAUCCAAGCGAUCGACUUCGACAAUGGAGCGAUAAUUUUCUUGACAGAGAUCAGUGAGGCUGGUGCUGAAAUCGUCGACGCAGAAUCGUCCAAGAAGAUGGAUACUGUGACCAUUGCACAGGGAUUUGCUCUUGUCAGACUGAAAGCGGUGUCCAAACCACUAAGCAUAGGUGGCGGCAUGCAACGAAGGUCCUACCACACAAGUGGUUUUUGUCCGCGGUGAUUUUCUAGUGAGCACGGCGGGGGGUGAAUAGCGGCUAAAAAUGGACGGGAAGCCUUUCGUUCUAGUCGUGGCCAUCGUUUUGCUAUGGUCUUCAUCUCCAGCAGAAUCGAAGGACUGCUCCAGAAUUCAAAGGAAGACUUACAAAUCUCCAGCUUUUUCUCUGGAGCCGGGAGAUGUCCAAGACCGAUACUACGAGCUCGAGUUUCCCAAAGGUCAUAUCGGCGUCAAGAACUUCCAGGGAGAGGUUGUAGACGAGCUUGGGAAUUCCGUGCCUCUGAGCGAAGUCUAUCUGCAUCACUGGGCGGUAUAUGGCCACUACAUGAAGAGUUCCGAGAGAAAAGAGCUGGUAAGAGGCGGCUUCCAUCAUGGACGGGAUCAUCUAGGCUCGUCAUCAGCUAAGACCGCUGGAAACGCUGGAAUUUGUCAGGAGGACAUCCUGUCGCAGUUCUGGGGUCUUGGUUCCGAGACGAGGCAGACGAGCUAUUAUAUUCCAGGCUCCUAUGCUAUCGGCGUUGGCAAUCCUCCGGAAGGCUACGAGGAGCUCUGGGUGCUCAACGUCCAUGCCAUUGACACCAGAGGAACGUAUGAUCCCCAAGGAUGCCUCGAGUGCCGCUGCAGCUUAUACAACGUAACAACAAAAAUCUCGGGACAGCCUUUGAAGGAAGGCUACAAAGGCGGUUUCAGCUGCUGCUACGACGGGACUAAAUGCGCAGUGAGGCCGGGAUUUCAAGCAUCAAAGAGGACUCUCUACAUGCAGUACACCAUUGAAUGGGUGGAGUGGGACGAGUGUGUCCUGCCUGUUCGUGUUUACAUAUUCGACAUCACAGACAGCAGGAAGCGUGAUCCAGUCGACCGUGAUGUUGGCUGCAACAUCGAGUAUGACGUUCCUGCUUGUGACCCGUCCUCGAAUCCCGAUUGCAUUCAUCAGCUGGAGAAUCACCUGGUGAUUCCCAAAGGAGGCAGCUUUAUCUACGGAGUAGCGCAUCAGCACGGUGGAGCCAUGGGCAUAACCAUGCACGGAGAGGAUGGACGGCACUUGUGCUCCUCGAUUCCUAUAUACGGGAAUGGAUCAGCUCCUGGCAACGAAGCUGGCUACGUUGUUGGGAUGUCUACGUGCACUCCUGAGCCAGGGACUGUGACGAUCGCGAGCGGCGAGAAGCUCCGCUUGUCUUCGUCUUAUAGCUCCGCCCAGGAGCACACGGGUGUCAUGGGGUACUUCUACCUCGUCGUGGGCGACGAUGACACCGUGUCUCUGGGAGAAUUCAAGGACAUGGAGUUAAUGUGAUGGCGGAUCGUUGCUGUGGUGGGAGUUGGCGCCUGGAAGAAGAAACGAGUGUCUCGUGGAGGAUAUAGUGCAUUGCCAUGAUAAGAUUAUUUGUGGCUCAUAUCUGUCUAUACAUUUGGGGAAAAAAGGAUGAUCAAACUUCUGCACAGUUUGCGAGUAUGUGUUCGAAUAUGAAAGAUCAAAAAUUUCAUGAGAACUA